AUGCGAGCAUCGGCUCUCAUUCCACUAACAGCUCCUGUCCUGGCUUGGGCAGUACAGACGGAUUCGGAUUCGGAUUUGGUUGGAUAUGUCCCUGAUCCGAAAGGACGAGGAACUCCAUCACUUCUGGUCUCGUGUAUUCUUACCCUCAUAGUAUGCGUCUGGUCAGCAUUGCACCUCAACGUUCCGCCACGAACCCAAAGCACGUCUAAAAGCAUUCUUCACAAUGCGCAGUGGAUCAUCGCCGGCAUAUACACACCCGAGCUGGUGGUCUUUGUGGCCUGGAGACAAUGGUCCUCUGCCAGACUUUUGCAAAAAUUGAUCACCGAGACGGCAGAUGGAAAAGCAAGUCUUUCUGAGAAUUGGAUCAUGUCGCACAGCUUUUUUGCUUGCACCGGCGGCUUUGCCUUUGAGUUUGACGAGCUUGACUUGGUGCGCGACGCAGCGCAAGACGGCGAGUCCAUGACUGCUCCUAGGCUUACACUCACGGCUCGCGGGGUGGCGCUCUUGGCGCAGUGCAGACAACUACCCGAUGUCUCGCGGGAGGAGAUUGAUGACAAGAGCAAGGCAAACAGUCUUGCCAAGGCAAUGGUGCUGCUCCAGGCAACCUGA